AUGAGUGGUGAGGCUCCUAUUCGGGUGGCCGUGGUCGGAACCGGAUUGGCAGGUCUCACCACGGCAUAUCUUCUGCAGAGUGACGAAAAGCAAAGAUAUACAGUCACGCUCUUUGAACAAGCGGAAACUCUUUCAUUCGACUCUGCAUCGGUUGCGGUCCGAGAUGAACGAUCUGGCGUCGUCGAGCGGAUUGACCUUCCAAUGCGCGCUCUCGCAGGAGGAUAUUACACCAAUGUGAUGCGCAUGUAUGAUCAUCUGGGAAUCUCCUAUCACCCUAUCCGUUUUCUGUUCUCAUUUGCGAAAACGGUGCCACGACAGAUUAGCACAUCAACCAGCAAGCUCCAUGGACAUGGUGGCUCCGAGGGCGCGGGCGGAGUGCAAGGAGAGUAUUUCGUUCACGCUUCAAAUCUGCAUCAAAUUCCUCCCUGGCCAGGAAGCCGCGGGGUUAUGGCGCAUUUCGUUGAGAUUGUGUACCUGAUCGUGUGCCAGUUUUGGUUCACGCUCGCUUGCUUUUUGGUACAGCCCUUUACUGAGCCUGAUGGAGGGGAGACACUUGAAGCAUAUCUGGAAAGAAUUUGGCUGCCGCGGCGAUAUGCAGCUCAUUACCUGUUGCCGCUCAUCAGCAGUGUGUCUACAUGCUCCCAUGCCGAGCUUUUGAGAUUUCCAGCAAGCGACGUGGUCAACUAUAAGAAGCUCACACACCGUCAGCAACAUUACACUGUCUGUGGAGGUGUCCAUCAGGUGGAAUCGACGCUGGCAAGCGAGAUGCAAGACGUUCGACUGGGAGCUCGUGUUGUGGGGAUAACGCCAGUAGCAAAUGGAAGAGUUAAGAUCAGUUGGCAAUCGACAAGAAACGGAGUAGCAUCUCAGAUGCUGGAGGACGAAUUCGACCGGGUAAUUCUCGCCGUAUCACCGGAUGUUGCCGGGAAGGUAUUCGAACCGCUGCGCAAGACGCUGGAGAAGAUCCCAACGACACGCGUGGAAAGUUCAAUACUCCGCCCGGCUACUGCGACUGCGGCUGAUAGGUUUUCCGUUAUGGAGGAUGAGAGUAGCCACCCAAAGGCCUGCGCGCAUCAUCAGGGGAGCAAAAUGCCCUCUCAGGUGAUUUGCCUGAGAACUGACUUUGGCAAGGAAACUCGGACAGAGGCGCUGCAUACAAUGCCUGGGGGAACAGUAGUGAGCACUUGUACAUUGAAUCCUGCAGAAGAGAUGAAAAGGCAGCUGCGAACAGCUAGGUUCACCCGAACCCUAAGAACAACCGAGAGCAGGGCGGUAGUCCAGAGGAUUAUGGGAGACGAAACGAAGUCGAAGAAGAGGGCGGAUCGAAAUGACAUUUACGAUGUUGACCACUGGAAGCUCAAUGUGAAGGUUCCAUUUACCACAAUGUGGAUGAACAUGGGUUAUUGGAUAACUACCGAUGGGCAGCCGAUCAAAGACUUCCAGCAAGCUUGCCGCACUCUUCUUCACGAAGUACUUGCUGAUUCUGGUAUAUUGGAAAGAGACGUCAAACCAAAACUUUCCAUUCUUGACCUCGGUAUUGGCUGCGGUGACCAGUCCCUCGAGCUUGCUCGUCUUGCAAACCAGAGCGGUUAUCAUGGUUAUGACUACGUAGGCCUUACUCUGAACGAAAGUCAGUUUCGCCUGGCUUCCAAAAGGCUGUCUGUGGCGCUUCAGGAUUCGGACUCUGCAGUCGGCUCCGUCAAAGUCUUUCAAGCUGAUGCUGCGAGACCUGGUACUUGGGCUCCACCUAUAAACGAGGCCGUUCAGUCUCUGAAAGGAAGCCGUAGUACUGAUAGUGAGAGAUGGGUGCUUGGGCUCGACAGCUUGUAUCAUUUUUCUCCAUCCAGGAGCCCAAUCUUCAAGUAUGCGGCAAAAGAUUUAGACGCUUCGUUCAUGGCGUUUGACUUGAUGUUGAACGAAAACGCAUCUUUCAAAAAUAGGCUCUUUGUCAAAAUCAUUAGUCUGGCCAUGAAAUGUCCUAGGGACACUUUUGUUACAAAGGAACAAUACCAAAGCCAACUCAAGGAGGCAGGAUACGAUGAGAAGCAUGUCCAAAUUCGAGAUAUCACGGAUCAUGUUUUUAGUGGCUUGGUCAACUACAUAAGUCAACAAGACCAUGAGCUGCGACCAUACGGCAUCUCAGUUGGAAAGUUCAAGGUUGCCGGCAAGAUGUUUCGAUGGUUCGCCAAGUCGAAGGUGCUAAAGGCCGUGAUUAUAGUGGCACGAAAGAAACCCAAGAUGACAUAG